GAGAGGAAAAGCCGCGCGUCAAAGUGUAGUUGUGCCGCCCUCCGUCCCUCGUCCGCGUGUGUGGGGAAAAGAGAGGUAGUUUGUGAGGAGAAGAUAGGAGUGUGUAAUACUGUUCGGGGCACGCGCAGAUAACAGGAGAGACUCCAACAUACCUCGCACAGGGCCAGUCGUUCCUUUGACGUACCUUUCGUUUACCGGAUCGCUAAACUAAUUCAUUUUUCUCUCCCACCGGUGUUAAAAAAAACGAGAAGGGGAUUAAUAAAAUUUGUAAAAAAAAACGCCGCGAGAGUGAAUGGGAGAGAGCGAAAACGAGAGGGCAGAGUAGAACACUUCAACUUCCCCAUUUGCUAUCCGAUAAUUUUUCCAUUCAGUUUGUUGUCCAAGUUUCGAUCAUUUAUGGAGACAAAUUGGAACUGUUUUUCACUCGGGCGUUGACUCUGGUGUGUGCACAGGAGCGUCAGGGUGAAGCCAACAGAUGAUGGUUAAUUGACAGAGCAGAUUCUCAAUAGGAAUGGCAACGUAUAGCUCAGUGUACUUGGGCAUCUGGGGAGUGUUUAUACUCGUUUUGAUUCAAGAGUCGAGACCUGUCAGCUGGGAGGAGUGGUGGACGUACGAUGGCAUUUCAGGUCCCGCCUUUUGGGGUUUGAUAAACCCCGAGUGGUCGCUCUGUAAUAAAGGCCGUAGACAGUCACCAGUGAAUCUCGAGCCGAAUAAACUUUUGUACGACCGAAAUCUCCAGCCCCUUCAGCUCGAUAAACACCGAGUCUCCGGUGUCCUAUCGAAUACAGGCCACGGCGUUGUAUUUGCAGUAAACUACAACGACACUCGACAUCCGGUCAACAUCACCGGUGGACCCCUGAGUUAUCGAUAUCAAUUUCACGAAAUUCAUUUGCACUACGGAAUGAAGGAUGACAUUGGAAGUGAGCACACGGUGGACGGUUAUAACUUCCCCGCCGAGAUUCAAAUAUUUGGCUUCAAUUCCCACCUGUACAAUAACUUCUCAGACGCCCUCAACCGACCCCAGGGAAUAGUGGCAGUGUCUCUUCUCCUCCAAGUGGGAGAUCUCUCUAAUCCUGCGUUGAGACUCUUCACUGAUAAACUCAACCACAUUCAAUACGCAGGUAAGUCAACUGGAAUUCAGCAUUUUGCUGUGCUAGAACUACUGCCGGACACGAAGCAUUACAUGACAUACGAGGGCUCCACCACAAUGCCGGCGUGUCACGAGACAACAACGUGGAUUAUUCUCAACAAACCAAUAUACAUAACAAAGCAGCAGCUCAUCGCAUUGAGAACACUCGUACAAGGUGACGCUGAACAUUCGAAAGGGCCUCUUGGUAAUAAUGCUAGACCUACGCAGGCACUCCACCAUCGUCCGGUGCGAACAAAUAUCAAUUUCAAUGUCCAGGACCCCAAGAAUUGUCCGACCUCGUACCGCGAUAUCUACUAUAAAGCAAACAGUUGGGAAUAGCCUGGCUGAACCACGAAAUCUGCUUUCUCCAUUCGAACUCCGCAGUACUACGCUUUUCCACGAUGGGAUUUGGAACAUUGCUGUAUAAAAAAAAAACCUUGACAUAUCAACGCGCGCGACGACACGUGGUGGAAAAAUACCGCCAGAAGUGAAAUAAGAAGUUGAACAAAAAUACUAACUAAAGAAAAUAAGAAAAAAAAAUACAAAAAAAGUAAUGUAACAGAAAAAGAAAAAAAAAUCGCGCCACCGUAAGGUCAAAACUGCUUCGUUGUAAAA